AUGAUGAGGGUCUCUGUCGUAGCCGCGCUCUGGCUGGCAGCAGCUUCUGCUGCUCGACUGACCGACAAUCCCACGGCAACGAUCUCAGCAGGUCGCGUCGUCGGAAUCAGCAAGUCUAUACCGAAUGGGGCCUCGACGAUCAAUCAGUUCCUCGGAAUCCCCUAUGCUGAGCCCCCAAUUGGUGAUCUUCGUUUCGCGCCACCCAAGCCAUUCGCCGCUCCAAAGAAGGGGGAUAUACUGGCAACCGCGUGGCCUAAUGCAUGCGUUCAGCAGGGUUCAGCGGACUUGUUGACGUCCCAGAGCGAGGACUGUCUCUAUCUCAACGUGUUCGCGCCGUUGCGUCCUGCGCCGGGAUGUGGGCGAACGGUGAUGGUCUGGAUCCAUGGCGGCGCCUUGAAGACGGGCUCCAGUGCCAUCGCCGCUUACGAUGGGUCGUACUUGGCAGCCAGCCAGGACGUGGUUGUUGUUAGUAUCAACUACCGUCUGAGCUUGCUUGGGUUCUCCAACGCACCCGCGCUCGGGCUUGGGGAGCGGAACGCCGGGUUUUACGACCAGCGCAUGGCGCUGCAGUGGGUGCAGGACAACAUUGGCGCUUUCGGGGGCGACCGGAAGAAGGUUACGAUCUUCGGCCAGAGCAGCGGCAGCACGAGUGUCAGCCGUCUUGUUGGGACCAUGCGGGAGAACCCUCCUUUCCGGGCAGCGAUUACUCAGAGCGGGUGGUACGACUAUGCUUCCGUCAUGGAUAUCGCGUCAGAUAUUCCCGGGUUGGCGGCUUGGGACACCAUUGUCACUCAGCUCAACUGCUCAAGUCUUUCGAAUAGCAAUGAUGAGGAGCUUGCUUGCAUGCGCGCUGUGGAUGUCGCUGAUAUCCAAACAGCCCUUGCAAGUGCUAGCAGUUUGACCUUCACUGCAGUGAAUGACGACAUGACCCAACUUACGUUUCCGGAGAAGGCUAGGGUAGAGGGACGUAUUGCCAGAGUCCCUAUACUAACCGGACAAGCCGCGAACGAGGGCACAUUGUUCCAGGAUCCCACAUUGACCACCAUAGAUGAGUUCGUUACUCAAUUUCCCACCCUGGAGUCCGUUAAAACUGAAUUGUCUUCCGCCUAUCCCGUGGGCGAUUCUGGCUACGCGACACGGUUCGCUGCCGAUGCGGCUAUCGAUACAGAUAUCGAGUGGACGUGCUCGAUUUCCAGAAUUGCUGGCCUGACUGCGCGGCAGGGCAUUCCUGUUUGGCGGUACUACUUCAACGAGACGUUUCCAAACACUCCGAUUGAUGGAUUCGGGGUGUAUCACUCGGCCGAUAUUCCUAUUCUCUUUGGGACAUAUGAUGCUUCCAACGCCACCGCGGACGAGAUCAAACUCAACAGCGUCAUGCAGACUGCGUGGGCGGACUUUGCUAAGGAUCCCUGGGGUGUUGGCCCCGGUUGGCCAAGGGUCGAUGUUGGACAGGAUCACGCCGUGGCCGCACUGGGGAGUCCCGACAAGAAUCCUUCGGGCUGGACUGUGAUCAGGAAUGGAACCGUGGAUGACAAGUGCGGGAUCUUCCAGUCCAUUUACGAUGAUGCAGCCGGGGGAACGCCAUGGUGGUAG